AUGGAAUUCUAUCUCAGGGUCAACUACACAUGCGGAGAAUCGGGAGAGCAAAGAGCGUGUUACUAUUUUGUUUCGACUCCAAAUGAUCGCUCUUUCUACAGCAAAGUGAAACUGAGUUUGGGAGAUCCGCUUGACCAGCAGUCUUCGAGCAAUGUCCAAUUCUACACGGUCGAUAAAUGUGAACAUUCGAACGGACGACGACGCAUGAAGAAGCUU